CGUUGGAACUUGGCAGGCUGAAGCGAUGGGACGGAGGAUGGUGAUGGUGGCGGAGGCGCUUCCGAGCUCCUGAGCCCGCCGCUCUGUGGCCAUGGGGCUGGGCUCGAGCUCCGAGGUUCCCGACGGGGGCUCCGAGGGCUAUCAUGUCCACGGGGUUCAGGAAAACUCUCCAGCUCAACAGGCUGGAUUGGAACCAUUCUUUGAUUUCAUCCUCACAAUAGGACACACCAGAUUGAAUAAAGAAGGUGACACCCUGAAGGAUCUGCUGAAAGCCAACGUGGAGAAGCCAGUGAAGCUGGAGGUUUACAACAUAAAAAUGAUGAAAGUGCGUGAGGUGGAGGUGAUCCCCAGCAACAUGUGGGGAGGGCAGGGCCUUCUGGGGGCCAGCGUGCGGUUCUGCAGCUUCCAAGGAGCCAACGAACAUGUGUGGCAUGUGCUGGAUGUGGAGCCAGCGUCCCCUGCAGCGUUAGCUGGCCUGAACCCGCACACAGACUAUAUUAUUGGAUCGGAUCAGAUACUGCAAGAGUCGGAAGAUUUCUUCGCGCUGAUUGAAUCCCACGAGGGGAAACCUUUGAAGCUGAUGGUCUAUAACACGGAAACGGAUUCCUGUCGCGAGGUUUUUGUCACCCCCAAUGGAGCCUGGGGUGGAGAAGGAAGUUUAGGGUGUGGCAUCGGAUACGGCUAUUUGCACAGAAUUCCAACGCAGGCGGCUGUACCAAAGAAAAAACCUGAAGCCGGUGCCCCUCCUCCUUUGCCCUCAGGGGACACACCUCCCGAGCCGCCAACCAAUGGUUACACGGAGGCUCCGCUGUUGGCACCGAACUCCCAAAGUGAAGAAGCUGCGAGCUUAGAUUACAGCACGGAUCAAAGUGUGAAUAUGUAUUCAGUAGAAAACUCGCUUCACCCACCUCCUCCUGUCCAGAGAGUCAUGGAUCCAGGUUUUAUAGAUAUGUCUGGAGCCUCUUUUCCUGAAUUAAUUGACUUAGUGAAAACAGUCAAUGUGCCUUCUUCCUCUGCUUCUUUCAACGUAACAGACACUUUUGCAGCAACUGAUAGCUUACUAACUAAUAGUGGAACUCAUUCAUAUUUUGACCAUGCUACAAUUCCGGUCUCAGAAGAUUCAACGUCGUAUUCAGAGGGCAUGAGUCCUCAGCCAGAAUUAGAUGAAGAGAUGCCUUCAGUUUCUUCUUUACCAUCUCUUCCAAUGGAUAUCUCUCUAAACUCAACGUCUAGAGCUGAUGCUGGUGCUCAAGAAACUGUUCUGCCUUCAGAUGGAGCUGAGAGCCCCGUAUUACCCAAAGCAUUACAUCCCGACAGCGAUGACAAAGAACCCCAGGAAUCAACAGAUGAAACGGCACUGAACUAGCUCUAAACGUGACACCCCCCUGCCCAACAUUUUGGAGCCUGCCACGUGCUUGAAGGAUAAUCACACCAGAGGAUCUGGCUCUGUGAUGCCCAGAAACAUUCAUUCAUUCAUUCUGUUGCUGCAUCACAGCAAUAGUAUAUACGAAGUCAAGCUGCCUCCACCAGCAGCACCCUGCAAUCACGAUCAGUUGCUGGCUGCGAGGUUUGAACAUCUGUUACUGCUGCUCAGUGAUAACACUGACAAUUUAACUUGUGAAGUAUUUUUUUAAUGAAAUGCUAACAUAUAGGAAGGUUGCCUGUCUCUAUGCCAUAAUCUAGCCUUCCCCAACCUGGUGCCUUCCAGAUGUUUGGGACUACAACUCCCAACAUUCUGGAACAUUGGCUAUACUGGCUUGGGCUGAUAGGUGUUGGAAUCUAAAACAUCUGGAGGGUAUCAUGCUUGGGAAGGCUGCUAUAAACAAAUUGUUUAUCCGCUGUGAACAUUUAACUGAUAAGCACAUAAAAUGUUGAUUUCAAUGGAACGUUUUAGCUACCUUUCCAACUUGCAGCUUUUAAGUGUGACCAUUGGUCAUUCUCCCACUUCCUAAAACAUCCUAAAGCCUUGUUACACUGAAAUUAUUUCAUUUUUCAUCUCUUAACCAUUUUAAUUAUUUCACAAGAAUGUUUAUAAUUUGAACCAACAUCUUUGACACCAAGGUAAAAUUUGGCUCAUAGUGAAAAUAGCAUGUAAAUUAUUUUUCUUCAAAUUCUAAGGACAUGAUAGAGGAGAGAGCAUGUGCAAAUGCAAUGUGUAUGCACCAGGCAUUAUGGGGCCUAUGAGAUCAUGUAUACAUCUGCCUUAUUCCCAUGCAGCUUCCCUUUCCCACUCAGUGUGGGUUACUUGAAUUUGGCAUUCUUGUGUCCAGGUGAGAGAGAGACUUGGAUGGGGAUAAGGGAUGUGCAUGCAGACUAACUGAUUGCAGAUUAUGCUAAAUAAAGGCAGAAGUAAUCCUAUGUAGCAACUUUGCUUACGGUAGACUGAAUUCUGGAUCUAAACAGUCAAUUUACUCUCCUAUUGAAUAAUUUGCUUGUCACUGCAGAAAUCUUGCUUGCAGCCAAAUGGGAAAACUGGCUUGGGUGAGUAGUUUAAAGGUGAAAAUACUCUAGUAACUUAGUUUUAUACUUGGUUGCAUUUUAGAUGGAGAUUAGACGUUGCUCAAAAUGUUCUCGCGAGCCUUUGUAAAUGAUUUAAGGCUGAGAUCCUAAACAUAUGUAUGGUGAAAUAAGUUAAUGGAAUUUUAACUUCUAUUGAUUUCAGGUGUAUGUUGACAAGCAAACAAGCUACCAGUGUAGUGGGACUGUGCCUCUGAUGGAGCAGUUCCCUCCUGUGGGGGUUAAACCUUCCCCCUGAGCACUGCUAAAAGUCAACGUGUCUUUCAAUAUGAAUAAUGGCGAUUCUGAUUUACACUAGCUGUGCUCAUCUUCCGAAAUGGUUUUUAAUGAAUCUUUUAUUUUCUGGUUCUAUUUCUUGGACUGGAAAUAAACCCUUUUUGAGAAGUUGACGAAGGCCCAGUGUUUAUUUCUGUACAGGCUUUCCAUAGCUAUGUGGGUUCUCCUCAGGCCUAUGUUUAGCACGAGACUGGUUCCACUAACUGACCCCUCAUUGCAGAACCACAAUUUCCUAGAAGAGUUUAGAUGUGCCAUAGAUCCAACCUGAGCUCUUUGUUACUAUAGGAGUCAGGGGGAAGGGACAAAUUUAACUCCACAACAUGUAUCCCUACCCCGACUUUAAUACUCAUUGUUGGGAUACCAUAAGCUGUUGAAGGGACCAAGUUCCUUUCCUUCCAGCUUUCAUUUAAACAAACAAAAAUUAGUGAAAUUAGACCUUAGAGCAUCAGGGGUGUGCAUAGUGUCCCUGUCAUCUGAGUGUGCCUCCUCCCUACCCCCCGCCAGUUCAAAGCUUGCCAUGGUGAAUCGGUAAGGUCUGAACUUGCAUUUGCUUGAACACACGGUAAGCUCUCCAUGUGAUUGCAGAGCCUGCCCUAUUAGGGUUCCCGGCCACACAAAGCAGCCAUUCUGCAUAGUUGCAUUAUUGGUAUCCGCAAGGCUCCUUUCAUCGGCCUCCCUGGGACCAGCUGCCAUUUAGUUCUUUCCUUCCGUGUUGCAAACUCUAUACAGCGUUAAACCAUGGAUCUAUCUAGCUCAGGGGUAGGCAAUGUCAGGAGGUCCAAGGGGCAUUUUCAUACCCUCUCCUCCAUGGGUGCCAGAAAUGGAAAAAACAAAACAAGUUUUUAAAACAUGGCUUCAGGAACUGGUAGACAGCAUGAAAAGGGUUCUUAAAAAAACUGGAUUCCCCCUAAAUUUCAUGGACUGGCAGGGUCCACGUAUAGAAGCUGCACGCAGCUCAUAGGGCAUGUUGUGUACUCCUGAUCUAGCUCACUAUUACUUAUUGAUAGCAGUUCUCUAGCGCAGGGGUAGAUAACUUGUAGCCCUGUAGACAUUUUGUCCUACAACUCCCUCCAUCCCUCUAGCAUUGGUUAUGCUGGCUUGGGCUAAUGAGAGCAAUAGGUUCAAACAUCUGGAAGGCCAGAAUUUAUGCCUCCUGACCAGGGUCCUUCCCAGCUCUACCUUAAGAAGCCAGACAUUGAAGCUAGGACCUGCUGUAUGCAAACUAUGUACUCUACCACUAUGCUACAAUUGAAGGAGGUAGCAGAGCUAAGCUUUGUAACUGCCUUGAAGUCUUCUUAAGUGGAAAGGCAGGGAAAAGAUGCCCCAAGUAGGGAUGUAUGUACAUGCACACAUAAACACAAACGGCAUAUAUGUAAGCCAGACAUCGCAGGGGAGUCUAUAAGAUGGGAUAGUGUGUGUUAGAGGUUCGUAGUACUGUUUUGCAAAAAGAUUAGGUACUUAACAUUUCCAAUCAAGAUCUAGGUCACAUCGAUGUAUUCAUGCAUUUGUGCUACCCCCUAUUAAGAUGCUGCAGUAGCUGUGGGUAUAUACCACUUGAAGUACAUAUUUUCUUAACACAUCUUUAAAGAAAUAACCAAAACUGCUUAGACCAAAAUUGUUAGCUAAAGUUUUUUUUAUUUCUAUACAAUUGUGAAAUACAUAUUUGUCCUUUUGGCAUUGCAGGCCCCCUGUCAAUCUUUCCUGAAACUACAUUACUUGGAUUGUAGAAAAUAAAGUUCAGUAUCUUGGCUGAUUU